AAAAAUGUUUUAUACACAUUUUUAAAAUGAUGUGUGCGGCGUCUAUGUAGCAGGGAUUUGCAUUAUUGUCCCACCUACUUGUUAAACGGUUAGUUAAUAUAUUAAUGUACAAUAUUUAUUUCAUAUUGUUUUAAUGUGCAAGAUAAGAUAAAUUUGGCCCAUACAUGAUUAUUGAGUCAUUCAAAAAGCAUACUCACACAUUUUACCAUACAUAUAAAAAUACAUACGUAGGCAAUUUAAUUUUGUUUAGAAUUUUUUUUCUUCAUAAAUCGUCGUUAAACAAUAAAUAUGGAUGUGCCAGCGGUAUUAACAAAACUUUUCAAGUAUAUUGACUGUAACAAAGUCAAGUAUAUUGAUAAUUUGCGUCAAGUAGUUGCUAUUAAAUCUGUAUCUGCCUGGCCAGAAAGUAGAAAUGAAAUUAUUAAAAUGAUAAAAUGGACAGAAGCGCAAUUCAAGCAACUUGGUGCUACUACUGAAUUAGCUUAUCUUGGCACACAAAAAUUGCAUAAUGGAAAUGAAAUUCCAUUACCACCUGCAUUACUUGGAACUCUUGGUACGGAUCCAAAAAAAAAGACUGUUCUUAUAUAUGGACAUUUGGAUGUUCAACCUGCCUUAAAAGAAGAUGGCUGGGACAGCGAUCCAUUUACUCUUAUUGAAAAAGAUAAUAAAUUGUAUGGUAGAGGAAGUACAGAUGAUAAAGGACCAGUUCUUUGUUGGUUACACACACUACAAGCAUAUCAAGCUCUUGGAGAGGACAUUCCAGUUAACGUCAAGUUUGUAUUUGAAGGAAUGGAAGAAAGUGGUAGUGAAGGUCUUGAUCAAUUGCUUUGGUCUCGUAAAAAUUCAUUUUUAGAGGGAGUUGAUUAUGUUUGCAUUUCUGAUAAUUACUGGCUUGGAACGACAAAACCUUGUAUUACUUAUGGAUUACGUGGUAUUUGUUACUUUCGUUUGCAAGUUUCUUGUGCAUCGAAAGAUCUUCACAGUGGAACAUUUGGUGGAACAGUUUACGAAGCAAUGCCUGAUUUAAUUUAUUUAAUGAAUAGUUUAGUUGAUGUUAACGGUAAAAUUCUAGUAGAUGAAAUCUAUGAUUCCGUUGCAAAAAUAACUCCAGAUGAAUUAAAAAUAUAUGAUACCAUUGAAUUCAAUGUUAGUGAGUACAAAAACUCAUGUGGAGCUUCAAAAUUAGCUCAUAACGAAGAUAAGAAUCAACUAUUAAUGAAUCGCUGGCGCAAUCCAACCUUAUCUCUUCAUGGUAUUGAAGGAGCAUUUUAUGAACCUGGUGAAAAAACUGUCAUUCCAGGUACAGUAAUUGGAAAGUUUUCAUUGAGAAUUGUACCAAAUAUGCUCCCUGAUGAAGUAGAAAAAAAAGUUGAAACAUAUAUUAAAAAACAAUGGAUGGCUCGAAGAAGUCCUAAUAAAAUGAGUAUUUCGAUGAGCCAUGCUGGAAGACCCUGGUCGUCAAAUCCAGAUCAUCCGCAUUACAUUGCUGCAAGAACAGCUACAAAACACGUUUACAACGUUGAUCCCGAUUGCACACGCGAAGGAGGCUCUAUUCCUGUUGCUUUAACCUUUCAAGAGGUUACGGGCAAAAACGUUUUACUACUCCCAGUUGGAUGUGGGGAUGAUGGUGCUCACUCUCAAAAUGAAAAAUUAAACGUCCGUAAUUACAUUGAAGGGGUCAGUAUUGCAUUUGCAAAUGUAAAUUAUUGACUACAUCAUUGUGAAACAUAUUUAUGCCGUUUUUUUUUU